GUGAAAUAUUACAAUAAGUGAUGGUUUGUUCACAUUUUCAUUAUCAAAUUCGUGCUUUUCAAACAAAAAUACUUACGGCCACGUGUAACGAACAAUCCAUCAACAACAUCACCUACUUCGUGAAUCCGGACUUCCCGGACUUAACGGAGGGCAUGUCUUCGUGCAACCUCGAAUUAAGAAAAAUUGACGAGGAUAUCACGCAACUCAGGUUAGACUUCGUACACUUCAAUCUGGGACAACCUAACAGAAAGACAGGUGUUUGUGAAGAGGAUUAUUUUCAGUUGUCUUCGGGUGAUUCACAAACAUUGACUAUCUGUGGGGUCAACAGUGGGCAGCACGUUUAUUUUGAUAUUGAAACGAUGGCUGAUCCAAUCACGAUCAGCAUGAAAUUGGGCAGCAAAACACUCAGUCGUUUGUGGGAAGUACGCAUCAUCCAAGUACCAUUCUCGCAAAGGGCUCCUGCAGGUUGUCUUCAACUGUACACCGGAAGACGAGGAGUCAUCAAAACGAUGAACUUUGCGGAUAACGGUCGUCAUUUGGCGAACCAAGAAUACAAUAUUUGUAUAGAGCAAGCAGAAGACAUGUGCAGUAUCGUUUAUGAGCCUUGUUAUGAAAAUGCUUUUCGAAUUAGUCCAAAUACCGCAGAUGUUAAUAUCGAUUCAAACAAUGAAUUGGGAUCCGGAGAUGACCUUGAAGAUGAAUCGAACAUUAUUCAAAAUGAUAGUGGAGAAUUUUGUAAUGAUAAAAUUGUCAUUCCUUGCAAUCCAGAAGAUCUGAUUUUGGAGGGUGAUCAAGUAUUGAGUGACAUAUGCCAAACAAUCCACUGUGGACGGUCUUUAUGUCCUGCAGAGCAAGACCCUUGCAGAAUCGAAAGCAAUAUUAUACCAUUCACAAUCGGCGUCCAUUUUGGACAAAGCCUUGGAGAGGAAUCUCCAGAAGAUAACUUAGGCAUGUGUGUGAAUUAUGAACAACAACCCUGCAAUUUUUAGGAUUCAUCUGAUGCUGUUUGGAAAUAUGACAUUUAUAUUCAUUUGAAUGGGGCACUCAGUAUAUAUCUCCUGAUAAAUUUGACUGAGGCUUAUCUUCAAUGCAGUUGUGUUAUGAUGUCAUUGACAAUUUGAACCUCAAGCUUGAAUCUUGGCCUAAACAAGAUUGGAAAAUAUGGAAAAAUGUGUUCUGUAGGAAAGUUUAACUUCUGAG